GACACCAAAUUUUCCGUUCAAGUAAAAUCCUCUGCUCGCUACUCACGCGACAUUUUCUCUGAAACCAAACACAGUCGAGCUAGUGGUAGAUUCAGGAAUCAGGCAUCGCGCUGGUAAAUCGAAGGUAGGUUGAUUUCUCUUUCUCUCUUGAGAACUCUGAAAUUGAGUUUGCCGCCGUUCUGGUUAGGUUUCUAAGACGAAUAGUGCGAUUUCCUUCGUUGCCUUUCUCUGAUCUCGACGCCGUCUCUGUCGUUCGUCGGAUCUAUCUGAAUCUCGUCGCUCCGUUCUCUCUGUCGUAUUUUCUUCCGGUAGACUGUUCAACUUAGGUUUCUUCGUCGAACUGUGCGAUUUCCUUGUUUACAUUUCUCUAAUCUCGACGUCGAGUCCGCGUCGUUCGUCCUCUGGAUCUAUGCGAAACUCGUAGAUUCGAUCUCCCUUUCUCGUGCAUUCACCGACUAGAGUCGUCUAAUCUGUUAUCUCUCUUUUCAGAUGGCGGAACAGAAGAAGGAAGCUGGCGGCAAAGAGAAAAAGUCCUUUCUCGAUGAUGGAAUUGGAGAUGAUUUCCUUGGCUCAUGGAAGACAAUGUCAGUGGAUGACAGUAUGGAUUUCAACAUUGAAACGGUUCCGAAGGGGGGUAAAAAGAAGAAAUUCAACUUUGGGAACUUGGACAUGGAUUUUAAUCUGGAUGGAGAUUUCGGCAAGUUACCAUCCUUCAAGAUGGACAUGCCAGACCUUGAUUUCUCAAGCCCCGAUAAUGCUUCAAAACCGAAGGACAAAGGGGAUAGAGGAUCCUCCAGUGCACCUAAGAAAGGAAAAUUAGAUGCAUUUGACAUGUCUUUUGAUUUUGACGGGUUCGACAGAUUCAACCUUGAUGGAGACAUACUCAAAGGAGAUGAUAAAGCUCCCGCAACAAAGGACACUGACAAACACGGGGCUGGUAUGACUGGCUGUGAACGUCAUGACCCUAAAAUCCUGAUUGCUGGAGUAGCUGAUGGAUCUGAAAGCAGCCACACAGAGGACUCGACAGCAUCAGAGAAAAUAAUCAAUCAGGCAGACAAGACUGCUGUAGCCCCUAAAGGAACUGACAACGCUCUCAGAGGAGAUGAUAGUAAAGUAGAAACUUACGUUGAGCAUGCAGCAGAAAGCUCAUCAGAAGAAAUAGUUGGUGUUAGAACUGAAGGAACAAAUGAGCAGGGCUCAUCCUCAGAUAUAUAUACUCCCAGGGAUCAAUGUAUCCCAUCCCCAGAUGAAGGCAUAAACAAAAACCAAUGUGCUGAACAUGCUUUGCAGUCCACGGCAUCACAAUCCCUUGGUGGGAGCGAUUCUAUCCAGGAUGCCCAAUCAGAUGUAGCGCCGGAGGCUGAUUGCUUGGAUUCGAGAGUGACUGUGAAGUCAGAUGCAGAGCACCCUCUUAUUGGUUUAAGAUCAAUGGACGAGAACCAAAAACAACUUAGCAAAUCAAAUCAUCUGAAUACUAAUGGCCAGGAGGGCAAGAAAGGUGUGAACAGAGAGAUUUUUCCUGAGAGCACUGCAGAGGGUACAAAAGAGACUGAGCCAGUGGCUACUGGUACAGAUUCCGAGGACAACCAGAAGUCAAGCUCUACAGAUUUGCCUACUGAAGACGAACCAGUAACUGAUAAUGAUGCAAUUACAAAGGCAGAAGGCACGAGACUUGUCCAAUCCAAAUUCUUUAGAAAAUCUGGUGAUGUUAGACCUCCUCUUGCUUCAUCUAGUCUGCGUAUCUCCUCGUUUGGGAGUUCGGAACUGGCUAGCAAACAGUUGAAUCAUCUCGGAAGCGGGAAACUUGAUGUUCAAACUGGAAAAAACUUGGGUGGUCAGCUGAGGUUACUUUCUUCUGAUUUGAGAAAAAGUGCACCACCACCUGCUUUACUGAAACCCGAUGUUCAAACUGGACGAAACUCGGGUGGUUAUCUGAAGCCACUUCCUACCGAGCUGAGAAAAAGUGCAACGCCUGCUUUACUAUUUGGCAGAAAGAAUGUUAAAAAUACAGCUACCAGCAGUUCAUGCAAGGAUGAUGCAAUACAUGAUGCUAACGUGCCAACUGAUACUCCAAUACCUCCUGAUAAAGUGGUAGCUAAAGGGGCACCAGUCAUUCUCAGAAGUGUAAGCAACUCAAAGGAUCCCGAUAAUACGAGUGGUGAGGGAAAUGCUUCCAGCUCUGUUGAUAAGAUGCCCAAGUUCAACAUUCCGAAAAGUAUGAAGUCCUCCUUACCGGCUAUGAGAUCAGUUCCGAGUUCAAGGGUCGUACCUCUUAAGGCACUUAAAUCUGAGAAUCAGAUGCUGCCUAAUCUGUCAAGCUUCAAAGUUCCAAGGAAUAUGGAAGUAAACAGAGAUCAACAAAAUGUGCCUAACAAAACCUUGAAAGGCUUGUCCAAAAUCACAGAAGCACAACAAAAUGCUGCAUCAUUGAAAAUUACUCAUCCUGUCACCCACGAGCAGAGGAAGAAAUCAUUGAAGAGAGACACAGAGGCAUUUAAUUCAGAUUUAGCGCCAUUGAACCCCCGUAAACGCCUCUCUCCAUCAUGGGAUAAAAUGAGAAUGUCAGAUGAACAGACAGAAGGCAUUGCUGGAGAUCAGGUAUACAGUACGGAUAGUGAAGUAGGGAAGGAAUCCGGAAGCAUGCCUCACGGUCAGCCUAUCUCCGGAUUCCCAGGUCCUCAGGAAGUGAACUUGGAAGAACCUAAAAUUGACCGAAUUCAGAUGGCUUCAGAAUAUGGCAGAAAGAUUGAUGAAGUCUACAAUACGGAUAGUGAAGUAGGGAAGGAAGCCGGAAGCAUGCCUCUCGAUCAGCCUAUCUACGCUUUCCCAGUUCCCCAGGAAGUGAACUUGGAAGAACCUAAAAUUGAUCGAAUUCGGAUGGCUUCGGAAUAUGGCAGAAAGAUUGAUGAACUUUGCAACAUGAUGAAGAAAAUGAACGAGCAAGCAAAGGAGCUAAUGGUUCGAUCAGUUGUGAACAACAAUAAGCUACUACUACUGAAUCAUCGAGAGGUAGACGAGAAGAUUCGCAUUGCUAUGAGAUAUGCUGGGAAGUCCGGUGGAGAAUAAUUUUAGAGGCAAGCAUUAAGAAUCAACAGCUGGUACCUCCAUCUCUCCAUUUAUCGUGCUCAAUACUUUGAGCGACAUUGUAGUUUUAAGUAGGCUUACCACCUUCAUCUGCUGCUAAUAAUUCCAGGUACGCUAAUGGAAGUCCUCUCUUUUGUGAUCUGAAAGCUUCACACCUGAUCUUGAAGGCCUCGAGGUAAGUACAACAGUAACCUGAAGUGUUUCACUUUUUCCUGCGCAACUGUGCCUUGCAAUUAGCCAGUAAUGCCGUUAACCGAGGGCCGAGCAGUCGUAGUAACGCACUCUAAAGUGAACUGCUUGUAGUACUUCCGAAUUUGGACAUGAAUCAUUAACCACAGGACUAAAUCAUCAUAAUGUUGUCCCCUUAGGCCAAAAAGAAGGUAUUUUUGAAUACCUAUGUUUGGUAUCAUGGUGAGUUUACGUUAGGGCUGGGAAAUCGGGCUCCUUUUAUUGGAUUAAACCGAAACCGAACCUAUAAGAAUCUUAUCGGUUGCGGAUUUUUUGGCCCCUAAUGGCCAAUGAGUUUGAUUUUGAACAGGUUUUGGUUUCGGUCUAAAUUGAAAUCAAACCUAUAAGAAUCUUAUCCUUUUUGUGCUUUUGGUUCCCGCAUCGGUUUGUAUUUUAACGGUUUCAGUUUAAAUUGAAAGCUGAUAAGAAACCGAACCCAAACCUUGCUCUAAUCGAAAUUACUACAAAUUGUGCAUGGGUUUUGGUAUGUUCUAACCGAAACCAACCCUGUUAAUAGCUUAAAACCGAUAAGUCCCUAAUGAGUUCGGUUCGGUGUUGGGGAAACCAUCUAGAUAGUCUUUUUUGUUUCCUUGAUUUUGGUUCGGUUAACCAAACCGCUUUAGGUUGUUGUUCCAACCUUGAUCUGCCACCAGGACGGAAUAAGCUUUUUCAUCCAGU